AUGGUGGGGCAAAAAAUCUGGCUUAAGUGCACCGAUGGGAACUCCUAUUCAUAUGUGAAUUUGUGUCGUCUUCUGUGCAGAUGCACCACAUUAACACAGCAGAUUGAGAAAACAAAGGCAGAACACUCACAAUACGUUGAAGUAAACUUGAGCAUUCAUCCAGUAACAACAUUGAUACCACAAAAUAACUACGCAAACGGUGAGUACAAUAGUAGUUUCGAAUUUGGACGGAAUUUUCGUCCAGGUCUAACAAUAGCAGUGCAUGGUUCACUGCAAGACUGGGGAAUUUUGACAAAACAUCGCCGAAAAGAUUCCGCUGCGGCUCUCGUCAAAGCUGGUCUGCAGCUUUCAAAAAAGGUCGACAACAGUCAAUAUUGUGCUAUAGAAAAGUACUACAGUACUGAAUAG